AUGAAGUUGUUUAUCUUAUUUGGAAUAAUUUCAUUAGCUAAUUCUUUAUCAGAUAGUACAGAUUUAGCCAAAGAUUUUUGUGCUAUGAGUGGCCUCUGUAAACCAGGAACACAAUCAAUAGCUUGCUCGUUUACAUCAAAUCUUAGUAUGGGAUGUGUUGGUAACAUGGUACCUAUAGACAAAAACUUAAUAUUAUCAGUACAUAAUGGUUACCGUCAAAAAAUUGCUAAUGGUGAAUAUGCUCCACAAUAUCAAGGUGCAACAAAUAUGGCUGAAAUGAAAUACAGUGAAGAAUUAGAAAUAAUGGCAAGCUAUAAUGCUAGGCGCUGUGUUUUCGCUCAUGAUGAUUGUCGUAAAACUAAUAAUUUCCCAUAUGCCGGCCAAAAUAUUGCCAUUGCUCAAAAAUGGAAUACUGAUAUCGAUACCAAAGCAGAUAUAAAAGAGAUGAUGGAUGAUUGGUUUUCUGAAUAUAAGGAUUGUGAUAUGAGCUUCAUUGAUAACUACCACAAGACGACUUUAGACAUUGGUCAUUUUACUCAAAUGGUUAAAGAUAAAGCAGUUCAAGUAGGUUGCGCAGCAAGUAGUUAUGUAGAGAAUGGUUGGAAUACAUUGUUACUUGUUUGUAAUUAUGCUUAUACAAAUAUGUUAGAUGAACCAACUUAUGUUGCUGGAUCUCCAGGUACUGCAUGUCGCAGAAGAAGUAAAAAAUAUCCAGCUUUAUGUGCAGCUUAA